GUUUACGUUAUCUCUGUUUCCAAACAAUCCCUAAUCGGUGCCUUAGAAGGAAAAAGAGAGUACAAAAAGAAAAUGUAAGGUUCAAUUCGAAGCUUCGAAUUUCACAUCCGAAAUUCCGAUCGGAGAGUUGAAAUCUGACUGCGAAAGAUCAGGCAUGUUGCUCGCUGUGCUCAUCGCCAACUCCGUCGGCAACAUUCUCGUUGAACGGUUUCAUGGAGUUCCUGCAGAGGAGCGAUUGCAUUGGCGAUCAUUUUUAGUGAAGCUGGGAGCUGAUAAUCUCAAAGGUGCGAAAAAUGAAGAGCUAUAUGUUGCUUCACACAAGUCUGUAUAUAUUGUUUACACUGUGCUUGGCGAUGUAGCAGUUUAUGUUGUCGGGAAGGACGAAUAUGAUGAAUUGGCUUUGGCAGAAGUGAUCUUUGUAAUAACAUCAGCGAUAAAGGAUGCCUGUGGGAAAGCUCCAACUGAGCGCUUGUUUCUUGACAAAUAUGGAAAGAUUUGUUUGUGUCUUGAUGAAAUUGUCUGGACGGUAUGCCCCUUCUUUUCUCCCUCACUCAAAAUCUUUCUUCUAGGUCUAAUCCAGCCAGAUAUAGCGAUAGGCAUACUAAAAACAUAGAAAGAACUUCAAUUCAAGAAAUUUCUUUGCCAAUUGCCUUUGAGAGAGCAGACUGCCUGCAGGAGAAAAAGGAAUGGCACUUUUCAUCUGUCACAAUUCGAUCCUUGGAUUUCGUUUCGAUCUAAGUUUAUUUUGACUGCACUAGUGCUCUUACUGAUCAUCUGAUAUGAUGUUUAUGAAGGGCAUCUUGGAGAACACGGAGAAAGACAGGAUCAAGAGGCUGAUAAGGUUAAAACCUCCCAAUGAGUUUUGAUCAAUGAAACGGAUGCACACUAUCUUGUUGGUUGCUGCUUUCAACUAUUUUACUCAAACUUAUGCCAAAGAAUUGUUUCAAGCUCUGUGGAAUUUUCAUCGUGAUCGAUAAGUUUACUUUACUACCUAUUCUAUUUGGCUCUCAUACUCGGUCUUCAUCGGACCCAUUUGGCUUGUAAGUUAGAACUUGAAGCCAUGUAAAGAAUUGAAGAUAUUGCUUUGAUCCAGAUUUUCACGGUGGGAACAGUCUAAUCCGAGGGAGUGAUUUUGAAAUAGUUAAAAUCACUUUUGUUAUAUUCAAAUACAUAUGAAUACGUCUUUAAUCACUCAAAAUUAGUUUGAGGUUUGAUUACACACACAUGCCCUACAUUCGUAUGUUACAGUAGAUUGCAGUGGAAACGUGGAGUAAAUUAAAUUCGUAGUAUUCUAUAAA